CUACAUCCAUGCUUACCCUUGUUGUUGUUGUUGUUGUUGUUGUUGUCUGCAGGUGAAUCAGGGGAACAUGCCGGGCAUAGAGAGCACCUUCCUGGCGAUGGACACGGAGGAGGGGGUGGAGGUGGUGUGGAAUGAGCUACAUUUCACAGAUAAAAGAGUCUUCAAGGCUGACGAGGAAAAGAUCCGCAACAUGUUCCAGAAUCUGAUGGUCGUCGAUCACCCCAAUGUGGUGAAGUUACACAAGUACUGGAUGGAUGUGAAGGAAUCCUCCGCACGGGUAGUUUUCAUCACGGAGUACGUGUCGUCUGGAAGUCUCAGGCAGUUUCUGAAGAAAACUCAAAAGAAUCGUAAAACAAUGAAUGCGAAGGCCUGGAAGAGAUGGUGCACCCAGAUCCUGUCAGCACUAAGCUACCUGCACUCAUGUGAUCCGGUCAUUGUACACGGCAAUCUGACCAACGACACCAUCUUCAUCCAGCACAACGGUCUCAUCAAGAUUGGGUCAGUCUGGCACCGAGUAUUUGCAAAUGAGCUUCCUAUGCCGGACCAUCUCCGGAGCCCACUGAUGACACAGAGAGAGGAACAUCGAACUCUCCACUUCUUCCCUCCAGAGUACGGCUCUGUAGAAGAUGGUACUGCUGGGGAUAUCUUCUCGUUCGGGAUGUGCGCUCUUGAGAUGGGCGUGCUGGAGAUUCAGACCAAUGGGGACAUUGUGUCGGAGGAGAUUAUAAAGAAAGCCAUUAAUUCCUUGGAGGACCCCAAUAUGAAGGAAUUUGUCCUGCAGUGUCUCUCCGUCUCCCCGAAAAAGCGCCCGUCUGCGCACGACCUUCUCUUCCACCGAGUGUUAUUCGAGGUUCAUUCGCUGAAGCUCCUAGCGACGCACUGCUUCCUCAACACCCCCUACAUCACACAUGAUAGCCUGUUGGAAGAGAAGACCAAAAUGAUCGACCCGCAGGGUAUCAUGGCUUCUGUGCCACGAAGGGGUCAGUCGGCUGCGGCUUGGAGCUAUUCCCAGGUGGCCUCCAUGGAACUUGACAAGUUUCUAGAAGAUGUCAGAAAUGGGAUUUAUCCACUCAUGAACUUUGCCGUCUCUCGUCCUCACAUCCUGCCACGCGCCCUCUCGCAGUCCCAGGAGGAUCUACAGAUGGCGAAGACCCCCACACCAGAGCCGGUGGAGGUUGAGACUCGGAAGGUCACCCAGAUGCACUGUAACCUGGAGCAGAGAGAAGACAGAGCCCGUUUACAUCUCACCCUCUACCUGAAGCUGGACGAUAAGCUGCACCGACACCUGAGCUGCGACCUGCUGCCCAACGAGAGCUCGCAGACGCUGGCCUCUGAACUCGUCCAUUAUGGCUUCAUCAGCGAGGACGACUGUCAGAAGAUGGCGAACUUACUGGAAGAGGCCCUCACGAAGCAGCGCCCCCCUCUGAACUGACCGCAGCGCCCCCGAGUGGAUAAUUCUCUUCAUUAUGGUAACGGCAGGCUUGGGGCGGGAAGGGGCGGGGCAGCUCUGAGUUACUGCUCCAGGAGGGCGUGGCCUGGGAGUGGCUAUUUCUGACAUCCAGCCCCUGCGGGGACAGGAGGCUCCUG